UUAUAUUUUUUUUACACUGCUGGACGCUUGUCCUAUUUAAGAUAAUUAUAUAAGGACAAUUAUACUUCGUAUAAAUUAUAAAAUAUCAAUUAUUUCUAAUUGCACUUAAUUAAAAAAUUUAAUAUGACGGUUUUGUUACACGUGCUUCAAUUUAUGACAAAGCGCGUAUCAAGAUAUGUAUAUAUUUCAUAUAUACCUCUUGUAUAUUGCGAGCAAAAAAAGGGUCAGCGAUAAUAUAAUAUGUACGUAUAAUCCAUAUGAUUGGAGAUAAUGCGUCGAGCAGCAUAAUUCCUGCACAUAUGUAUUAAACAGUCGUGUGUGUAUAGGUCACAGUGAUAAGAACUGGUAAGGGUCAUUCCUUGACUUGGAUGAACUCACAGUUUGUUUUUCGCCGAGCUACGAUGCUACACAUUAUGGAAAUCACAGAUUCUAAUUUCGUAUUUACUCCAGCGCAAGGAACAGGAAAAACAUUAUUCAUACUUUUACUCUUAAUUGCUGGAAAUGUUGCGCAAAAUUUAUUUGAAUCUGGAAAGGAAUACGUGUACUUUUAUGAUGCUACAUCAAAUACCGGUGUACUGGUACCCUCCAAUGCAGCUUCUUCAUGGAGCCUUCGUGGAAAACUGGUGAUUCAAGCGGAGGAUGACUAUGUUACAGUACAGUUACAAUCAUUGAAGACAAGUAUGUGGAAUGGAAAUGUGAAGGAGUCAAGUGAAGAUAUCAAUAUCUACGAUGACGCUUUGGAGCUCUUGAAGCCUUUCCAAUUAUCGUACAAUAAAGGACUCAUUGAAAAUUUUAGCGUCGAGGCGGAACCUGUGUGGGCGACGAACAUAAAACGAAGCAUAGCUGGCAUUUUACAAUUGGAUCUUCUUAAUUUGAAAAAAGAAGUCGCAUUUCAUGCUACUGAAAUAAAUCACUACGGGCAGUGUGAUAUCGAUUACGUUGUAAGUCCUGGCGAGGAAAAUCAGCAUGUGAUAAGAAAAUCAUUGGAUCCUCGAAUGUGUAUCGGACAUCCGUGUCGUAACUGGUCUAAUGUUCCCAAAGUACAGUGUACCGAUGAGGAUCAGAAUCUCAUACUGAAAAGUAGCGAGAGGAUAUAUAAAUUGAGAUCUGACGGUUCCGUUCACAAUAUCAUAUCCGUUAACGCAUCCGGAAGCAUCUAUGUGACACCCUUCCAAAAUAUGGGCGAGGCACACUAUCAUUUCGUUCAACAAACUAUUCAAUUAUCUUCAACGAAAGAUGUAACGAAAAAAAUAAUCACGAACAACUUGCGAGGUACACUUCUUCAACACGAGCUACCGGAAGCGGAUCUCACGCAGGGUAGAAGUACUCUGGAUAAAAGUUUCGUCUUCAAAUCUAUAAGCGAUUUGUUGGACCGUUUAAGCUACAGGCUCGAAAAUCCCGGAUUGGACACCGACGUUCAUAAUUUACACAACACAACGAUAUCCGUGCUUCUUUAUUACCUCGGCAUGUUGGAUCGCGCUGAUUUAGGAAAAGCCUACAGUCGAAUCUCGGGGACCAGUUACAAGGAAGAAACGAUACGGAACAUGUUUCUUGAGACGCUGCCGCAAGUUGGAAGCAAAGAGUCCGCGCUCUUCAUACUGGAUCUCGUCCGACAAGGCAACAAGGUGUCCGAUAUAUCAGCGAUCCAGCUUCUCAUGCGAUUGCCGUUUCACAUAAGGAAACUGGACACUGAAUUGCUGGUGAGCCUGCAGCCGCUCCUUGCCCUGCCGAAUAAGGUCUCCACCGAGGUGCAAAAUACCGCGAUCCUCAUGUUCGGGACGCUAAUAUACAAGACUUGUCUGGUGUAUUGCCCGCCUGAGAUGCUGGACGACUAUGUACGCCUGUACCUUGACAGGUUCACAGAAACUACUCAGUACGGGCAGAAGAUGGUUUGGUUGGAGGGUUUGGCGAACAUACAGCUGGGUAGAGUCGUCGAGUUCCUGGAGCCUAUAGCCAGCGGCAACAAUGCCGAGUCGAGGCAUUUCCGAGUCCUCGCGGCUUGGGCUUCCCUUCCCACGGCACCCUUGAGACCCGACGUCAUUUACCCUGUGUACUGGCCGAUCUUGAUGAACAGGACCGAGCAUUUGGAGAUGAGAGUCGCCGCGUUGACUCUGCUAGUCGCCUCCAGCCCUACGCCCAGUAGAUUGAUCUCUCUGUAUUGGUACAUAAAAAGCGAGCCCAGUCAACAUCUGUACAAUUACUUUUACACCAUGCUAAAAUCCAUGGAACGCAGCACGUAUCCCUGUUACAAGCGCAUAGGCAGAAUCGCGGCACAGUUCAGCCACAUACUUCGGAAACCGAGCGACAAAUAUCUUAUUACUGGUAACUACGUAGUCGAUUAUCAGGAUUCCUUGAGGAGAUUUGGCGCUAUGUUGAACGGCAUUGUCGUAGCCAAUCCUGCUACAAAUAUUCCCGAAGUACUUUAUGUCACUUUAAACAAUUACGGCAGCGGAACGCACGUUAAUCACGUAUCUCUGUACGUCAAAGCAGAAGGCAUUUUCCACUCACUGACGACUUCGUUUGAUCCGACAAAUAUAAGAGACAUCUUGAAAGAAUUCAAAUUGGACGAACGAAGGAAGGGACCCGUGCACUUAGAAAUAAUCACGCGUAUCCAAGAAAAAACAGUAUUGUGCGUUCAUUGGAAUGAAACCAGCAUAGUCGAUGGAUUGAAGUAUUUGUCUUCGUUGUCGGAGAACAUAUAUCAUAUGUAUCAGAAUAUGGAAUUCCAUGUGAAUCAACAACGCAUAAAUGUGCCGUUGACAAUGGAAUCGGUGCAAGUGACUGAUUUUGGUACUAACGUUAGACUCGCGGUGACUGGAACGUCCUUAUUCUCAAUGAGAGGAAACUUCACGCGCGAUUUUCCUGGACGAAAUAAUCACGUUAUUUUACGCACAUCUGUGCAUGGCAUCGAAAUGAUAGAGAAUUACAAUCCAUUGGUUGAUUUGUGGCACAGCGCUGAAAGGUUUCAGUCGCUGCAUGGAUAUCUUCCCAUUAAUGUGACAAUGGGACUUGACGAACGACCAUUUAUUUCAUACGAUACUUUAGGAGGACAUCGUAAGACAGGGAUUGCAACGCACGCUAAAACGGUCACGAGUAUUAGGGGCGCCAAAGUUAGAUCCAAGUUGGAGCGAGUCUGUCGUUCGUGCCCCAUGUCGUACACAGUUACAAAGUCCUCCCCCUCUAAUCCACAGACGAUAAAUGUUCUUAAUGUUAGUCUUCCCGAAUUGGGCGGUCGGCUUCAAGUAAACGUAUUUGAUUGCGAAAAUGCUAUGUCGUACGGAACAUUAAUUAAUGACGUUUGGUCCUCUCAUCAAAGCAAUCAUCAAACUUGGCCAAGUAUGAAGUUUCCUUUAAUUGGACUACAUAUUUUGGAUUACUUCACCUACAUGCCACCAAAGGGUAGUUGUGGAUUAGCUGCUUAUAUCGAGGCACUCAGAUCAGGACCGUCGCAGACAAGAUUGGAAUACCUCAAAAGUGGAAAGCAUCACAUGUUCUCCUUAGCGCACUAUGAUUUAGAAUUAUCAGAAAUUCUUCACCAGUGGAAUCUGGCCGCGUUGUACGAACGCAGUAACUGGCUGUCGGAUGUGCUCAAAAUUAAAGCAUCCAAGUUCGCGCCUGGUGAACGCAUAUUCAAGUUAUGCGUAGAGGCCGAGAGAGACUUGCCGUGGCAGUGGAUGGAAGUUUUGAGCAACGAACCGAGCGACUCGCUUCAGCUGAAGUUGAAUAUUGCCUGGGAACUGUCCGAUACUGCGAAAGGAAAAUGCAGCGGAUCUUCCAUAUUAUUGAACUUAAUCGGUGAGAUUAGCAGCGAGCAGCUCGAAGAAAGCAAAAGAGCAAGCUGGCCUUACGACGAAUGCAGGAAGGAAUCUACGGGGAAGACGUUUGUCCCUUACACGAAUUCUUGUUACGAAGUAUCGAAGGAAUUGUCAACUUUACGGAAAUAUAAAAUUCUCGGGCAGUAUGAAAAUUUACCUGAGGGCUUAUCCAAGUUGAUCUGGAGAAUGCAAGCUGUGUACGAUCUGAUCGGUGGAAAUAGCAGUAAUGUGAGAAACUCCAACGAGAUUUUAAUGACUGCGACUUUCCCGAAAGAUUCAAGCGUUGGCAAACUGCAAGUUAACGAGAACGAAAUCGCUUUCAAUUAUAAUUCACACUACAUUAAUCCUUUUCUGGCACGAAUGAGAAUCCAUCAAUAUAUGGAGCUACCACUAUUCCGAAUGUUUUCUAGCACAUGUAUCAUAACAUCAAAUUCUAUAAAAUCGACACACAACGUUGUUUAUACUUUUGCUGAAAACAGUGAAGUGAUACUACUCGGACAAUGUUAUGAUGAAAAUCCCAGACUUGUGUUAACGGCAGCCAACAGUAUACACGGAAUCAAUGUUAACUUAACUGACGAGUCGGGAACUAUACAGAUCACUGCUGGCAAAGAUAAAGCAACUUUGUACAAUGCCACAUCACACUUACAAUUGCAAUCUAAUUUUGUGUUUCACACACUAGGAACUAAAAAGAUCAAAACAAGUGACAAGGCAAUUGAUAUCGUGUUACCUAAUAUACUUCUGUACAUGCAUUGGACGCAAGAGCAAGUUCUACUCUUUUUCCCAAAUCACGUGCUAGAAUUUAGUUGUGGAAUAUGUACACUCGAUCACUCAAACGUCAACAGAUUGUAUGAAAAACUUUAAUAUUACUCUUAUAUAAAAGAUGUAUAUAUAAUACGGCAUUAACAAUUUUCAAACUAUUACGAAACGUUUGAUAAAAAUGCUGGCGGACGGAAAUAUACGAAACUAACACGAUAUAAUCUUUUUGUUGAUGUUUUUUAAUAAUAUCUAAUUUCUCAAGAAGAACAAUAUAUGACGUACAAAAAA